CUGCAACCACCACCCGGCGGCGGGGCCAUGCGAGGAAAGGCGGCACAUUCCGAGAUCACACAUGCAAUUCAAAGUCUUUGCGUUGGCAGCGGUCGUCGCGUCCGUGGCGGGGCAGUGCGAAAUGGGCUGUAUUGACCAGUACGCCCCUGUGUGUGGGUCGAACGGCAAGACGUACUCGAACGAGUGCCAACUAAGGGUCGAUGCCUGCACGACCAAGAGCAAAAUCGAAAUCGCCUCGCAAGGUGAAUGCCAGGGGUCAAAUUCCGGCAACUGCGAAAAGCAAUGCACUCGUGAAUUCGACCCCCAAUGCGGUUCGGACGGCAUCACGUACGGCAACAAGUGCCUCCUCUCGGUCGCGACAUGCAAGAAUUCAUCUGUCAGGCUCGAACGGGCAGGCGAAUGUGGCACCAGUUCUCCUUCGACGUGCAAGAAAGGAUGCCCGGAAAUCCUAAAGGAAGUGUGUGGCUCCAAUGGCAAAACGUACAGCAACGAGUGCGAACUCCAGAAUGCUGCGUGCGAUAUUCCGUCGUUGAAGGUCGCCACCGAAGGUGCCUGUGUCGCUACUUCUUCUGCUUCGCCCGCUAACAACGCUGCGGACGACGCUUCCAACAAGGCAGUGACCACGACACCCGCUCCUGCAGUCCCUGCUGCCGUCAAGUCGGCAUCUAUGGGCUUGGUCACGUCCACGGCGGCCUUUUGUGUAGCCGCUGUGGCCUGUGUGUUGCCGUAAGCAUUGUUAUCCUACGUAAAUCCGAAAAAAGGCUCAGGGUUUUCGUCGAUGUGAGACUUGUCCGUUUCGGGGGCCACCAACAAGUUGCUCGAGCCAUUUCUCAAUGAAUUCCUCGCCUUCCAAGCAACGCCCCACCACGUCGUCAAUGCUGGUGUGGACCGACCUUGCGUGCAUGUAUCCGAUUCCAUUCGUUGCGGAGCUGCAAACUCGAGCAACUCUUUUGAUUCCGACAUGCAACGUUGACAGCUUGAUGUCGUUCGCGCAACGCACUCGCCGCAAUCUCAGCGACACUCAGCCCACCUGCGACCUCUUAGAAACAAUUGUUGUUCCAACCGUGUGAUGUCUCGAUCCCUUUGGCGGUUGUUGAGCUUCAAGUAGAGGGUUUACCAUCUGCCAAGCUCCGAGGUCGGCACCCC